AUGCUCCUCGCAGUGCUGCUCUUUGGUGCAUCAUCCGCCCAGGCCUGGACACACAAGGAAAGCAAGAACUGGUCCGCGGAGUUUCCCAUGUGCCAGCAGACCUCUCAGUCACCCAUCGACCUGAACUCGGGCACCAAAGGCGGCGCGGGCAGCACCCUGGCGCAGUUCGUGAAGUACGAUCCGAUUCCUGCGCGGCAGCUCAAGAACAAUGGCCACGUGAUGCAGGUGGACGGUGGGUUUGGGUCUUUCAAGUUGCCAGACGGUGAGUACCAGGUCAAGCAGUUCCACUUCCACUUCCCCGCCGAGCAUACGGUGGAUGGCAAGCUCUCGGCAGGCGAGAUGCACAUCGUGCAUCAGAAGGUCGGUUCCAGUGGCACCAAUGACCUGGCUGUCAUCGGCGUGAUCCUCGAGGAGUCGAAGUCCCCCUCAAAGCAGUCAAGCUUCCUCCAGGCUCUCUUCAAGGACGCCCCAGAAAAUGGCAGUGCUUCGGACGUGGGCGACGUGGACCUCAACGUGUUCCAGGACCAGUUCAAGGACUUCUACCACUACGUUGGCUCACUCACCACUCCCCCUUGUGCGGAAGGGGUGCAUUGGUACGUGAGCAAGAACACAGCCGGUGUCACCCCAGAGACGAUCAAGGCCUUCAAGAGCCGUUUCACGGAGGACGACAACCGCCCCACACAGGCCUUGAACGGCCGCAAGGUGGUGAACUCUGCAUUGUCCGUGGACAAGGAGUUCGCGGCCUGA